AUGGGGCCGGCGGGGCGGCUGGUUCUGUGUGAAGAGAAGAUCUGGGGGAAGACCGGGCUGGCGCCUCACCGCGGCCUGGCUGAACUUCGGUCAUUAUCUAUUCCUGGAACUUACCAAGAAAAGAUUACUCACCUAGGAAAUUCUUUGAUGAAUUUAACAGGUCUAAAUUCUCUAGAUCUCUCACGAAACUCCUUGGUUAGUCUAGAGGGCAUGGAGUACCUGGCGGCGCUGGAGCGUCUCAGCGUCUACCACAUCCGCAUCUCCUCGCUGGCGGAGGUCUUCCGGCUCCACUGCUUAACGGAGCUCGCGGAAGUGGACUUCCGGCUGCACCCUGUGGUGGAGAGCAAGGCUGACUACCGCCUCUUCGUGGUGCGCAUGCUCCCGCGGCUGCGGCCGCUGGAUGACCGCCCUGUGAGGGAGAGUGAGUGGAGAGCAUCCCGGCUGCAUUUGGCUUCGGAGGAAUCGCUGGACUCAAAGCAGAGCUUCCCAGCCGUUUUCAGAGUCGAAAGAUCAGACUCAUUGCUGGGUAGACAGCUGCACGUGGUGCCCUGCGGAAUGACUGCAUCACUCCGGAGCCAAGUGAGCUGCCCCCUCGGCCAAGAAGUGCUUGUCAUGGACGCGGAUGAUGAGGCGGCCCUGAACCUCAUUGCCGAGUGUGGGUGGGGCUUGAGCAGCCCUCCUGGGAGCACGAGUUCCAGCCAGCAGGAGCAAGAGGCCAGCUUCCAGCGCUCCAAGGUGUGUCCCAAGUUGCACUUGGCCGUGCCGCCCGGGAAGAAGGCCACCCUGGAGGUGGCGCUCCUCGACCUGGUGGGCAGGCACUGUAGUGGCUGCAGCCCCCUGCACGGCAGCGAGGUGUUCCUCGCUCAGGCAAGACACAUUUUGUCAUCUGUCCAAGAGUUUACAGCCACUCAGGGCAGUUCAACAACAGUGAGUGAAGAAAUUAGCUCCCUGACUGUGGAGAAGAAGUCUGUAGAGUCGCCUUGCUGAGCUACAGCAGCAGUGUAGCGUGAAGAUGAUGAGGUGGCGUGGGAACUCAGCGACACUCGGAAGGAGAUGGAUCACCUGAGGCAGCGUCUGGGCAGAACUCUGGAGGAAAGCAGUAGCUUGAAGUCUCUUCUGUUCAGCGUGAAAAAAGAAGUGAGAAACGCCGACGCUCCAUCCACACUGAACUUGCAGAUCACUGGAUUUCAGACAAGUGUGAAGCGGCUCUCCAGGGAGAUUGUGGAACUAAAGCAGCGUCUGGAGCACGACAGGAUCCAGGAACUCACCCAGAUGCUGCAGGAGAGCCGUAGGUACCUGGUCAGCACCAACGAGCACCUCCUUCGGGAGCUGGGCCAGGUGCGGGCGCAGCACGAGGCCGAGGUGGAGCCGCUGCACUGGAGCCACAGGGAGCUCAAGAAGACCGCGGCCCUGCGCCCCAGCGCCCGCCCGCGUCCGCGCCCUGAGCGCUCCUCUCUGUGGGUGUCUGUCUUCAGGGCCUGUGGUGCAGCCGGGGGGGGGUCUGAAGUGUCCUAAAAAGACAGGCUCAUCCAAGCCCCUUACAUGUCUUGAGACAAACAGGUCAGUAGUUUUUCAUCAAAUAUCUUGAGACAGAGAAAAUACUGUAAUUUUCUGCCUAACGUGCAAGAAAGCAGCUCUGUAGGACGGUUAAAGAAAAUGAUUGAUUGUGUGACAAGCAGCCCUUAUUUAAUAAAGUAAUACAUUGUUCUAAAAA